AUGAAUAUAAAUAAACUUUAAAUCAGACAUUAAUCUCAGCCAUCAAUUUGGAGUGUGCAUCAGCCUCAAAUAAAACUGUGUACCAGACCAAAAAUCAAUCAGAAGAGAAUUGUUUUACCUAUUAUCACUCCAAAUCCAACUGUUGGCUACUAUUCUCCCAAUUUACAAAGCAUAUACUCUAAUCCCAAAAUUGCUAGAAUGCGUAGUAUUACCAAAAUUCCAACUAACAAUGACUAUUCUAUAGAAAAAUUAAAACACCAAUCAAACACCAAAAAGUCUUCUUCAAAACUUUCUAUUUUAGAGAUGAUGCUCAAAGAAGUCAAUGAAGAAGUUGAUCAGGAUUUAAGGGAUAAUCCUGUAUAUAAUUGCAUUAUAUGAAUUUUAGAAAUGUUCGAAAACUCCUCUAUAAUUACAACCGUUGAAUGAUAAUUUUAUAGAUUAACUCAAAUACCUGAGGUAGAAUUUGAAAAGACUUCUUAAAAAGAAAAUAUGAU